CCAACAUCCUGUCCGGGGCUCUAAGAGUUCACCAUGUCUCCACAAGGGAUCAACUGGCAGAUGCUCUCACUAAAUCAAUGGCACAAUCUCGUUUUCAAGAACUUAUGUCCAAUAUUGGAGUGACCAAACUCCCUCCAUCUUGAGGGGGUGUGCAGUGGAUAUGCAGAUAAAGGCAUUUCAGUAAUUAUAUAAUCCCUAGAAUACCUAUUGUAAUCAGUAUAAAUAUUGUAUUGUACAUUCUAAUGAAUGUAAUUCAGCACAUAUUUCUAUAGAUACGACUCCUGGCAGAAGAGUCGCAUAUCGAAUGACAGUUAGGCAGCUGGAGGCACUGAUCAGGCUUUCCGAAACCAUUGCUAGGAGUCAUUUGGAAACUCUGGUGAUUGUCCUAAACAACCACCUCUCUCACUUGUCUUCUGUUUCUCACCGCACAGUUGCUUUUCUGAUUCAGGUAAAACCAAGUCAUGUUGUUUUGGCUGUCAUACUAUUGAAGAUUUCUGUCAUUAGGUAGCUUUGAAACCUCUCCUAAAGUUUAACUUGACUUGUUCCAGUAUUAUAACCUUAAACAAUCAUCUUUGCUUUCUCUUAUCCAGUGUUGAGAUCUGCGUAUCUAGAUUCUAGUGGUGACAAACAUGAACGACACAGAUGAUAUCGAAAAUCCUGGUAAUGGAGAUGAAGAUAAACAAAAUGGAGCAGCUGAGCCAGCUUCUGCAACUGCAGAUAAUGGAGCAGCAGCUCCAAAGCUUGUGAUUAGUGAGAAAGAGUAUGAUAAAAUCACACAGGCCUUAGUCAUUCGGCUUAGAAAACACGAAGAAACUGUUAGAAAAGACAGUUCUGAAUUGCCUGGAAUGAGACAAAAGGAUUCGAUGGUACAUCGACCAACCGAACGUGAAAAAGAAAUACAGUUCGCAAGAGAAAAUCAAACUCGAUAUUAAGAAAAUCAGAGCCAUCAUUGAGGUGAAUCCAAAACAAUAUUAUAAGUUAGGUAUGUUUUAAGUUAUGUAUCUAACACAACAUAUGCAUCUUACAGAGUUUGGUGUGUAAAGAAGGUCACCUUAUGGUGUUAGCCAAUGAGCAAGAGGCCACAAAAGCUGAAGAACCAAGAAGAAGAUCUUCAAAAAGAUAUGAGAGGAUCUUGGCUGUCGCUAAAAACUAUGUGAUCGAGUGAUGUUCUCGAGUGUUCAGCUUCAUCUGUAGUUCCAAGUAGAGGCUUAAAUUAUUGUGUUAUCAUUCAAAACUAGUUUAAAUUGAUUUCACUACUGUGUAUAGUUUAAGUUCUUGGGAGUAAUGUAUCUUCAAGAAUAUGAAAUUGUGACUUCAGCUUGGUCAGUGAGCCACCACAUUAAAUUUCUGUUCUUGUAUUUUUAUGGCCACUAUCAGUUAUAACACGAUUUAAAAAAUAUUCCUCAAUAGCGUGUUUAAAUAAAAAGAGACGUUUUUAAAAGCAGUCAUAUGACAUCUCCAAUAACUUCUUUACCUAACAUGUUGUACCAUAUGCUAGUAACCUCUUAACAUAGUGGAGAUUAUUGAAACAAAAACAUUUACUAACACAUUUCAUGUGAACCCCAAAGCAAGGAAGUUAAAGCUUGAUUUCCACUU